AUGGUGCACGAUCUCAUGUUCGCGACAUCCAUCCUUAUGUACCUGUCGUCCUUCAUUGGCAUGGUCGGAAACCUCAUUGUCCUUUUUGCCUUCAUCAGCAACGCCAUCCGGCACAAAUCGCUGCAGCCUCUGGACCGCAUCAUUGUCAACAUGUCCCUGGUGAACUUCCUCCUCUGCUGCUACAAGGCCAUCCCGGGGCUCCUUAUCUUCAGCAGCACCAAGGUGUUUGGAGAACUGGGCUGCAGGAUCCUGCUCUACACGUACCACACCCUGAGGCUGAUCAGCAUCUGGUCGGUAGAGAACCUGAGCUUCCUGCACCUCAUCAAGAUCCGUCGGCCCAGCUACCGGUGGUCCAAGUUCAUCUACCGGCACCAGGGCAAGUACGUCAACAGCACCCUGGUCGGGUGUUGGAUAGUCAGCAUCUUCUUACAGAUACCUUACUUGCAGUAUGAGAAGACGGUGGGCAGAAGGAACAAGACCAUCGCCUACCUGGCGACCUCAACCUGCUUAAGGUCUACAGGGAGCUUUGCCAUGAAGUUCACCACAUACGCCUCGGUUAGUUUGGACCUUGUCUUCGUCAUGCUGGUCAUCGUCCUCAAUGUCUUCAUCAUCGACCUUCUCUGCAAGCACAGCCGGAAAGUGAAAGCGGCUUCUUCGGUCACCAGCGGCAGCUGGAACAAGCACACUGCCCAGGCCACGAAGGUCUUGCUCUCCUUGCUGUCCAUAUACGUGGUCUGCUGGAUCUCCAACGACAUGGUCUGGAUCGCCAUCGCCUCGGGGUACAUCAAGAGCAGCUUCGAAAAUAGCGUCCUCAGUGCCCUCUAUGGCAUCCUGUCUUCCGUUUAUUACUCGGCCAGCUCAUAUGUUGUGGUCUUUGGCUACAGGAAGGUCCGGGAGUACCUGGUGGAAGCCUGCUGGUGUUUGAGGUGCACCAGGCAAACCAUGGUUGAGAACCUGUCCUAG